GCCUGGUGAAAAGUGACAAUGGAGUUCCUUUCAUUUAUCUCUGCUCGCAGUUUCGGAUUCCUGAGAAUAUUGUCGCUUUCGACAUCUUUCUAAGACACGAGUGCGGGCAGAAGCUGCUGAAACAUCUUUCCUAGCGCCCUGCAAAUCCCUAAAAAUGGCAAGAGUGACGUGGGAAAAGCCGCCCGUCGGCAGUGUACAUCGGUCAGUUAGACGUCACGCCGUGCUCACGUGACGCGACGUGAACGCACUCAGUGGCAGUGGCUUUGCCCAGCUGCUUUGCCAGGCUGCUGCUGCUGCCGCCCCAGCCUUUCGUGACCAGCAGACCAGCAGACGUUCCAUCACAUAUUUAAGCUGCAACCAUUUUCCCGUGGAUUCAUUUGGUUUUUCCUCGACGAAGCGGGAAAUGGAGGAAGGCAGCACAGUUUCCACGUCCACAGCCCCAGCAGAGGGGGGUGCACACGUCGGGUGUUGUCACUACCAACGGAGAUCAAAGUUUGUCACUCCUUGCUGUAACAAGGUUUAUACAUGCCGUUUCUGCCAUGACGAAAAUGAAAGUCAUCCUGUCAAUAGAAAAGAUGUUACCGAACUGGUCUGCACAAGUUGUAAUACAAGGCAGAAGGUCCAGGCCCGUUGUGAGAAGUGCAAUCUUUCCUUUGGCAAGUACACCUGCUUAGAAUGCAAACUCUUUGACGAUGAAGACAAAAAGCAGUACCAUUGUGAUGGCUGUGGAAUUUGCCGCAUUGGAGGCAGAGACAAGUUUUUCCACUGUGAGAAAUGCAACAUGUGUCUUCCUAUCAAGCUUCUUAACAAACACAAGUGUGUUGAGAAUGUGUCUCGUGGCAACUGCCCUGUUUGCCUUGAAGAUAUACAUACCUCUCGUAUGCCCUGCCAUAUACCCGACUGUGGGCAUCUAUUGCAUCGCAAUUGUUUUGAAGAACUUCUCACCUUUGGGCACUAUGCUUGUCCAAUCUGCCAAACAUCUUUGCUUGAUAUGAGCAAGCUGUGGAAAUAUUUUGAUGAAGAGAUUAAAAACACACCCAUGCCGGAGGAGUUUUUGAAUUUUAAAGCUGAGAUACUGUGCAAAGACUGCCACAAGGAGUCCACAGUCACAUUCCAUGUGGUUGCCUUAAAAUGUGCCAAUUGUGGUUCAUACAACACAUGUCGGAUAAAAGGUUCUCCGUUUUCUAUGGACGCCGCCCGAGGCAACUCGAGCCGUGACGACCAGCUCCCUGGACCAUCAACCUCAGCAUCGCUGUCCUUGCCUCGCGCAUUAACGCUGGCAUCCGCUGCGUCUGCAUCUGCAUCUUCAUCUGCAUCUACAUCUGCUUCUUCUUCAUCUGUGCCAGAUGCAGCAGCUUCAUCAGCCACUGCAUCAUCCACUCCAGUGUCUCUAUCACCUUCUCUGGAGAAUUCUGCUCCCAAGAACCCACCACCAUCAUCAUCAACAGCAUCAUCAGAGUGACAUUUUAGUAUCUUCAGUGAUUUUUAGACCUCAAGUUUGCUUGUGUUCUUUAGCUAUGUCUAUAUAACUCAGCUUUACCAAGUACAUGACCAUUAGAAUGCAAUUUUAUUGAAGUGCACAAUCAGUGUAAAUUGUGCUCAGAAUAACAUGUCGAGGUUUUCCUUUGAGUCCUUUUAUGCUAAUUUAUCUUUAGUUGUUACAAAGCUGUUGUGUUUGUGAUUUUUGUUAGUUAAACUUUCACUUUACAAAUGGGGGUAUUGAAAAGCUAUGUAAUAAAAUGUAUAUUGAAGAACGACAUGCAGUAAUGCAAAUAAGUUCUCAGUUACCAUCGCUCAAUAGGACGAUUAAGAGCCAGCAUAUACUGUGUACAUAGAGUACAUACAUGAUCUGACUUGUUGCAACUCUCCUCGCAAUUCAUUUUCCUAGAGUAAGUUAAUUCAUGUGUCUUGGUCUGUUCCUCUUCAAAAUCUAUCAUUAUUGCUGGCAGUUGUGAGGAUUUUGAGGGGAUUUCAUUGAACAUGUUAAAACAUGUGGCACUGGGAAAUGACUAAACCUGUUUUCUAAAUUAACUUAAGAAUGGAAAUUGUUAUUGUUUAUUGUGUGUUGUGAAAACAAUUACUUGAGACUGUACAAACUGUUUAUGGUGUAUGGAACUGAAUGAUUAAUGUUCCAGAAACAAACAAUUUCACCAAUCCUUCAUUGGCAUUAUAAUUUUAAUCAUCAAUCCUGGUGAAGAAUGAGUAAGGUGUUGGGUAGUUAAGGAUAUGUUUGCUUCACAAAUGUCUCAUGUCUGAAGACAGACAGGGUAUUGUUUUACAUUUUUUACUCUGGCAUUUUAUAACUCUGUUGAUAAGUCCUGAACACUAUUUUGAUGUUAUUUUGUUGGGUUUUCUUAAGUAUUGUCGCAUUUGUAAGUAAAUUACUAAUUGACCGGGUUUGAACUGUGUGAUUACUGGUUUUUACAAGUAUUGUUUGUACUUGGCAUUCCCCUGUGAAGUUUAUUCAUUCCUUCAUAUACUAAAAUUGAUAAUGACACAUCACAGUCUGCUGUAUGUUUCUUGUAAGUGCCUAACUUGUCUGAUUAGGUUAUAACGACCCACUCUGCUGGUACGUUCUGUGACAAGCUAUAUUGAGCAAUAAUGACAUGUUUUUAAAAUCAUUUGCUACUCUAUGUUUCGUUCCAUUGUUUGCACAAAUGUUGUAUGCGUGGCAUUUUGUUUCCUUCAUCUUGAAUGUUUUCAACCCUCGAAACUAAGGAAUAUUGAAAAGCUUAAUCAAAUUGAAUGUAACUUGUUCAGUAGGAUUAAACAUUCCAGUUGACAUUAAGGAUAAAGUAGAAUUGUUCUGUUGAUUUGCUUUUGUCCUCCACUUGUUGUUGAUAGUAGAUUAUAUUUUAAGUCAAUAAGCUUUAGAAAUUCUAUCAUGAUCUAUAACAUUGUUUUCUUGAUAAUUUGUGCAAGUGCAAAGAUGUACUUUAUAGAAUAUGCUUUUAGCGUGAAGUUGUUAUCUUUUUAGUAGAUUUAGUUUGUUAUUUUUCUGUUUUAUAGCAGAGUUUCUUGCAGGGAAUUAUGUUCAUUUUGUAAUGUUAUUUAAAUGUGAAUGAAGUGAUAAACAAAAUGGAAGAUAGCUUUCUUUUGUGUAUGUGUUAAAUAGUGAUUCAUAGCAAGGUAACAAAAAAAAAAUGUUUUCUUUAACUUUUGCUGUAACUCACAGAACAGAAAAUAUGGGAAUAGUGCAAUCUAGACUUAGUCUGGCGCCUUUGACUAGACCAAAACAACAAGCUCCUGCAUCAUAAAAAUACGGAGGAGUGUAACUUUUUUACAUGUUUGUACCAAGUACAGAUUUGUAAUAGAGAAGAUACGACAGCCUCUCCAAUGAGUUUCUGAAAUUUAUAAAUGAAUUGUAAUACUUUAAGUUACCUAUUAACUUAGUAAUAAAUAUAUUUGCUUAAUAA